AUGUCAUCCUACUCUUUGACCAAGCAGCUCCUCACCACCGACGAGGAGGGCUACAAGAAGGCCACUCAGUCCGAGUUCCUCAGGCUCGCGGCCAAUGGCCAACUUUCCAAGGAUAUUCUUGGUCGAUGGCUCGCCAAUGAUCGACUUUACAUUCAUAGCUACUGUCGCGGGCUCGGUCUGCUGCUGAGCUUCUUGCAGUAUCCUGACAAUGUUCGACGUGGCCAGGACCCUGGAGCUGAGACUAAGCUUCUUGAUUGGAUUGUCGGUGCUCUGGUGAAUAUUCGACGAGAGGAGAACUUCUUUAUCGACACGGCGGCCGAGUACGGCAUCGAGAUCAACCUUGAGACGCAAGCGAAUGGCAGAGUCGCCGAGAGCACCAAACUUGAAGGUCUCCGUCGAUGGGGAGCACUGUUUCAAUCGGUGGCCCCAGGUGAAAGCGACGUCCUUCCCUGGCUUGAGGCCGCAGUGGUGUACUGGGGAACCGAAAAGUGCUACCUGGAUGCUUGGUCGUGGGCAAAGGCACAGCUCACGGUGCAGGAGGACCCAAGCAAGGACGCAGACGGAGGUGCCGUGAGAAAGGAGUUUAUCAACAACUGGACGUGCAAGGAAUUUGUCGAGUUUGUGGAUGACCUUGGGCGCAUCAUCGACGAGGCCGUUGCUAAAGAAGUUGAGAAGAAGGGCGAGGACUUCAAGGCGGAGUUGUUCAAGCGCGUGGAGGACAAGUGGCGGGAUGUUCUCCAGGCCGAAGAGGUGUUUUGGCCUACCAUCUAG